AGAAUCUGCUCACUCAGAAGAGUGUAUAUCAAGCCCCUGGUUGAAUUUCCAUUUAAAAAAAAAGAAGAGAUUAAGUGGAGAAUGGAGAGGAAGGUUGACUCCAGGUCUUUUAGGAAUGGUGCAGUUAAGAAAUUUUAUUCUCCAAAGAUACUGUCCGACAAGAAGUCUUCUGCCUUCCCUGGGAUCCGGAGUGCGAUACCUCGUUCCGGCCAUCCAGGGCACCAUGCUCGGACCCAAAGGGGUCGGUUAAAAGAAUUGCGCAUCAGAUGUGUGGCCAGGAAGUUCUUGUAUUUGUGGAUUCGAAAAACUUUUGGAAGAGUAUUUCCCUCUAAAGCCAGGUGUUACUAUAAGCAAAGGGUGCUCCGGAAGGUCUUUGAAGAAUGGAAAGGAGAGUGGUGGGUUUCCCAGCGGGAGUGGAAGCUCUGUGUUCGAGCAGACUGUUACUACAGGUAUUACUUGUACAGCCUGAUGUUCCAGACCUGGAGGACCUACGUGCACCAGCAGCAGGGCAUGAGGAACAAGUACACGAGAGCCGAGAACUACGAUGCAAAGCAAAAGAUGCGACGGGCCUGGAAGUCCUGGUUGAUCUACGUGGUUUUUCGAAGAACCAAAUUUCAGAUGCAGACCACCGCCCUGGAGUUUAGGCAGCGGAGCAUUUUGUGGGCGUGGUGGAGCGAGUGGAGGCGGCAGCUGGGACAGGUCCGGGUGGGACGUGCUCUCUGUGCCUCAGCUGUGAAGCACAGGGCCCUGAGCCUCAAGCUGCAGGCUUGGUCACGGUGGCAGGAACAGCUCCUGCAUGUCCAGAGAGAGAGACAGAAGCUGGUCUGUGCAGUGAAACACCAUCGGCACUGGCAGAAGUGCAGAUGUCUGAAGGCCUGGCUUGACUACCUGCAGGCCCGGAGGGUAAAGAGACAGCAGAACGAGAUGGCUGAGCGAUUCCACCGCGUCACAGUGCUUCAGACGCACUUCUGUGAUUGGCAGUGGGCCUGGCAGCGGAGGCAGAGCUGGCACGCUCACCACGCCCGGGUGCAGGCGCUGGCCGGCAGGGUGGCGCUGCGGCGGGCCUUCACUCACUGGAAGCACUACGUGCUGCUGUGUGCAGAGGACACUGCCCGGUGGAAGCGGGCAGAGGAGCACUGUCGGCGCCGCUUGCUGCACUUCUGCUUCAGAGCCCUCAGAGGCAACGUGACCCGCGCCCGCCUCCAGCGCAUGAGAAGGAAUCUCGCUCACCAGCAGCACGACGUCGGGCUGCUGCGCCGGUUUUGGAACCUCUGGCAGUCUCGGAUCGAGCAGAGGGAGGAGCGAGAGCAGCGCCCCUUACUGCAGGCUGCCUGGGACCACCACAGAAGAACAUUGCUACGCAGGUGUGUCAGGUGGUGGUUACAGCGUAUGCAGAAGAGGCGAGACAAGGAGCUGCUACAGGCCAGAGCAGACAGGCACUUCCAGCAGAGAACCCUGCCCGCAGCCUUCCAGGCGUGGAGGAGACUGUGGCGAUGGCGCCUGCAGGAGAGUGUCCUGGAGGCCAGAGCAGCACGCUUCCACAGGGAGACAUUAGAGAAGCAAGUAUUUGCUAUUUGGUGGCAGAAGAUGUUUCGGCAUCAAGAACACCGCUUGGCAGAGAGAAUGGCCAUCCUUCACGCGGAGCGGCAGCUCCUGUGCAGGUGCUGGUCCACAUGGCACCGGCGGGCGGCAGCACAUCGCCAGGAGCAGCAGUGGCAAGCAGUGGCCCGUGCCCACCACCGCCAGGCGAGUCUCAGGACGGCUUUCUCCACUUGGAGGGAGAGCGCCCAAGGGCUCAGAUCAGAGAAGACGGGCGGGGUGCUGGCGGCAGCGUUCCUCUCAGCGCGGCUCCUGCGCGGGGCCUGGCACAGGUGGAGGCAGUGCCUGACCCUGCGGGGCACCGAGCGGCAGAAGCUGAUGCGCGCAGACCUGCACCACCAGCACACCCUGCUGCACCGGGCACUGCACACUUGGAGGGCUUACCAGAGCCGCGUGCGGAGUGUCCUUCAAGAGGUGGCGGCCAGGGAGAGCCAGCACCAGAGGCAGCUGCUGCGGUGUGUGUUACGUCGCUGGAGGGAGAAUGCAGCGGCCUGCGUGGAGGAAGCAAGGAAAACCUCUCGAGCGAGGGCUCACUACCGAAGGGGCCUGUGCCUCAAGGUCUUGACCCGGUGGCGGGAGGCUGCGGCGGUGCAGAUCUACCGCCGGCAGCGGGCGGACUGUGCCCUCCGGGAGGCUCAGCGGGUGCUGGCGAGGGGCUGUCUCAGGACCUGGUUUCGGCGCUGGCGGGCCCGGGGCCGGAGGGCAGCCCAGCAGCGAGCCCAAACUCACAGUACCAGUCGGGUGCUGGGUGGUCUCGGGUCCUGUGGGCACACGGUUCAGGAGCCUCCAGGCAUGGCUGCGGGGACCGAGCACUGGAAGCAUCUCCCAUGCAUGUGUCCUCUCUUCCAGCUGCUGCAGCGGCGGGGCACCCAGCUCCGGGCCCAGAUACUCAGCCGGUCCUGCUUCCGCCAGUGGCGACACCAGCUGGAGAACAGGCGGCAGGAGCAGCGGGACACAGCUCGGGCCCUGUGGCUCUGGGCCUUCUCGCUUCAGGCAAAGGUGUGGGCUGCGUGGCUGGGCUUCGUACUGGAGAGGAGGAGGAGGAAGGCGAGGCUGGAGCGGGCGGUGCAGGCCUACCACCAGCAGCUCCUCCAGGAGGGCGCCACCUGCCUCCUGCGGUUCACAGCGGACAUGAAGGCCCUCCGGCAGCAGCUGCAUGCCCAGCAGCAGGUGCAGGUGGCCCAUAGCCUCCACCGGGCAGUCCACCGCUGUGCCAUGCUCUGGAAACAGAAGGUGCUGGGCCCCGGCCGGGCGCCUCCCCCCACCUCCACUGUGCCCAGCAGGAGAGUGACAUUCAGGGGCCCCCUUCCCAACCACAUCAGCGCUGCUGCUGGAGAUGCCGCCCCGGAGACCAGGAGGCCUCGAGCCCCUCGCGGGCCACAGGGCGCUCUGGGUAGCCUGGCCCUGGAUGCCGGGGACCCCCCACUCCUGGAGCUCAGUGCCGUCCGCUCCGCAAGGAAGCAGCCACGACGUCCAAACUUCUUGUUGGAGCCUUUGCAGAGCCAGAGGCCCCUGGGGGGUGGCAGCCUCGGGGGACGGGGGCCUGAGACGCCGAGGGAGCGAGACCUAGGCCUGGCCUCGCCCACAGGCUCUCCCCUGACGAGGCCCUUCUCAGAAAAGGCCCAGACAGUCUUGGUCCCAGGCACCGCCCUGCCCCAGCCUGGGGCCCUGCCAAGCGCCUCUGGCCUGAAGUUGGUGCCCAUGGCGAGUACAGGCCCGCAGUUGCUGCCCCCUUCCUCCUUCAUGCCCUGUGGGGUGGGCACACCCACUGAGGAAGGCUUGAAGCAGCUGCUUGGAGCAGUGCUCAGCCAGGCUCAGCAGAGUGGGCCAGACUGUGAAGGUGUGGGGUGCUUGGCGUCAGCCCUGGAGGAAGGGCAGGGCCGGGACACUGCAAAGCCCAGCUCUUGUCCCAGCCUUCUCCAGCUUCUCUGCUUAGUGUCCAUCCUUCCUUUACAGGCAUCAGCAUGGCUGACCUCCCCUGGCCUUAUGCCCCAGGCCCCUCUAUCCCUGGCCAGCGUCCCCGACCCCUGUCCGCUCCUUCCUGAGGCCGUCACAGGUGGGCACCUGAGAUCUGUCAGCGCCUGGGUCCCCUCCAUUCAGCCUGAGCCCAGCUGGGAGCGUGGACAAGUUCAUUGUCCUGUUGCCCUGGGCCACAGUGACCUGGAGGCUGAGCUUGAGAGCAUCCAGCGGCAAUUGCAGGACUACCAGAGCAUGAAGCAGAGCCUCCGGUCCUACCAGCGGCAAGCGAGCAGCCUGCGCCGGUGGCUGGAGCUGAGCCGGGAGGAGCCCAGGCCCGAGGACCAGGAGGCUGAGCAGCAGGUGCAAGAAGAGCUGCAGGAGGUGGAGCUGCAGGCCCAGCAACUGGCUGCAGAGCUCCAGGCCCAGCCAUAUGCCCCUGAACCAACAGCAGCAACUUCCCUGUAUUUAAUGGAGGGCUGGAUGGCGGGGAGGGGACGACAACGCAAGCUCUCCCCGUGUGGCCAUGACUACCUGCCUGCCCCAUUCACACGAGACACCAGUCAGGGGGUUCAGUGA